UGCAUUGUCAAUCACUUCUUCACAUAUUCCCCGCCAAAGAAAACCAAUACAGUCGUUGCAAUCUCUUAGCCACCUGUCUGGAAUUCACUGUCGCCAUUGCUGCACGAAUUCAAGCUCCCUUCUUUCUCCUUUGUCAUUUUAAUUGCUGUUAUAACUUCCAUUCUCAUCGUCCAUAUCUUGAUAUAUACAAUACAUUUAUAUCUCAAUUUGCUCUCCUUCGUCUUCUUCGGCUUACGAGAGUGUGAUUCUCAAUGGAGCUUAACGUGACUACUCUGCGGAACAAUCAUAAUGGAUUUCAUUUGAUCCCGUCACGGUUAGGGUUUCAAGUGGCUAUUUCGGAUUCGAUCUCUCUAAAUCCUGCUGUGAAGAGAGUAAGACUUUCCCAGGUUCGGAAUGAUUCUUACUAUGGAGCUCGGUUGUCUUCUUCGAAGUUAGGGUUUCGGACUAAGUAUUGCGUUCUUGCUGCGGAUUCGAUGUCGUAUGGAGAGAGUUACGGUUCUUCUUUGAUGGAAGAAAAACAAGAAACAGAGAGUCGAGCUUCCUUGAAUCCUGUUUAUAAGCCGACGCCUCUUAACAGAGAGCUUCGAACUCCUCACAGCGGGUAUCACUUUGAUGGAAGCGCGAGGCGUUUUUUUGAAGGGUGGUACUUCAAGGUGUCGAUUCCUGAACGAAGGCAAAGUUUCUGCUUUAUGUAUUCUGUGGAGAAUCCUGCAUUUCGUAAAAAACUGGGACCAUUGGAAGAGGCUGCUUAUGGCCGUCGAUUUACUGGAGUUGGGGCUCAAAUUCUUGGUGCAGAUGAUAAGUACAUUUGCCAAUACUCUCAAGAGUCCCAAUACUUUUGGGGAAGUAGGCAUGAGCUAAUGUUGGGCAACACCUUUACAGUGGGGAAAAACUUGCCCCCUCCAAAUAAGGAGACUCCUCCUCAGGAAUUUCAUGGGCGUGUGUUGGAAGGAUUCCAAGUUACACCACUUUGGCAUCAAGGGUUCAUUCGUGAUGAUGGCAGAUCAACUUAUGUGCAGACAGUAACAACUGCACGUUGGGAGUACAGUACUCGUCCUGUUUAUGGCUGGGGUGACGUUGGCUCUAAACAGAACUCCACAGCAGGCUGGCUUGCAGCUUUCCCUGUAUUUGAACCCCACUGGCAAAUAUGCAUGGCAGGUGGACUGUCAACAGGUUGGAUAGAGUGGGAUGGGGAACGAUUUGAAUUUGAAAAUGCACCUUCUUACUCUGAAAAGAAUUGGGGUGCAGCCUUUCCAAGGAAAUGGUUUUGGGUUCAAUGUAAUGUUUUUCAAGGUGCAAGUGGAGAAGUUGCUCUAACUGCUGCUGGUGGGCUGAGAGAACUCCCUGGAUUGGCUGAUACCUUUGAAAAUGCUGCAUUGGUUGGAAUUCACUACAGUGGAAAGUUCUAUGAGUUUGUUCCAUGGAAUGGUGUCGUUAAUUGGGAAAUUGCUCCAUGGGGUUAUUGGCAGAUGUCUGCAGAGAAUGAAACACAUAAGGUUGAGUUAGAAGCAACUACAAAAGAUCCAGGUACUACAUUGCGUGCUCCUACAAAAGAAGCUGGUCUUGCUCCAGCAUGUAAAGAUACUUGUUUUGGUGACUUGAGAUUACGGAUGUCUGAAAAAAGACAUGAUGGCAGUGAGGGCAAGAUUAUUCUGGAUGUUACAAGCAAUAUGGCAGCACUUGAAGUUGGUGGAGGACCAUGGUUCAACACGUGGAAAGGUAAGACAUCUACUCCAGAGAUUCUGAGCCAAGCUCUCAGAGUGCCAGUUGAUGUCGAGGGUAUUCUUGGUUUUGUUCCAAUUAUUAGACCCCCUGGUCUUUAGACAAUUAAUUGAUGUCUACUCCUAGUGUUGGAGGGAAUUUAUUGUAAAACCAUUAGGAGUUUAAAAGAAGCCCAAGUAUGGUGUAGUAUUUCAGUCUGGAUCUUGUAACUUAAAAAGUACCAACUGAUUUUACUUUAAGACGGAAAUUGAUCCUUUCUUUUAUUUGUUCUUUAUUA